AUGUCUACGGCCGCUGGCAAUGGUGGUCUGAUGGAUGAAUGUCUCCAACAACAUGCUCCCGGUCUACUCAUGGACUGUACAGGCUACGCGGGCCCAUCCGGCCAGCACCAUGGCGGCAGCUACGAGAUGUACGGGGACGCCAGCGAGUACUGUCAGCAGCUAGUCGUCUACCCGCAGCACCCGUCGGAUCCACCUCAAGCCGGUCGCGAGACUCCGCUACGCGGCGCGAAGACGACGUCAGGUCAAGCAAAGAAGCGUGGCAUCUUCCCGAAGCCGGCCACCAACAUUCUCCGUGCUUGGCUUUUCCAACAUCUAACGGUAAUUCGCUCUUGCCUUUACUACUCACGCUUUUUGUACUUGAUUUCGCUGCACCCGAAGCCUGGCUGCGAUUGA